AUGGUUACCAUUUUGGUUAAAGACAUUACAAUUGUCAAUGUCUAUAAUCAACCGAAACCAUCCAAGAAAUACCCUGAGCCACCGGUUUUUGAGUUUCUCAAACGGGAGAUCAAGGAACAAUACUCAAAGAUUGUCAUUGCAGGUGAUUAUAACUUACAUCACAAGGAAUGGGAGUCAAGGGCAGAUUGGGAAAAGUUUGACAAGGAGCUUUCUUCUGCCAUUAAAGAUUUUAAUGUGCAUAACAAAACUCUAAAAUCAACUGACCAAAUUGAUGACCAAGCUAAAGUUCUUGAGGAGGUUGUAAAAAGAGCAAUGGCAAAAAAAGAAGAUGGAACUCUCACUACUACUGUUGACGAAAAAAGACAUGAAAUAUGGAAGGCACUUCUACCUGAAAUUGAUCAUGGUCUUGAUAGAGAGUUUGAAAUUGAUGAUGAUUCUCGAUGGCCAAAAUUAGAGUUUGAUGAAGUUGACUCUGCAUUGGCUGAUACCCCAAAUGAUAAAGCUCCAGGAGACGAUGGAAUUACUGGCAAAGUUUUAAAGAUGGCAUGGCUAAAUAAAGACUUUAAGGAAAGGUUUUUCAAGCUUCUCCAAGCUUGUGUAAAGUUUGGAUACCACCCAAAAGUCUGGAGACAUGGCAUUAUUGUUGUUAUACCUAAACCUAAGAAACCUGACUAUUCAAAGCCAAGAGCAUACCGACCAAUUUCCUUACUUAAGAUUCCAUCUAAAGUACUGGAAAAAUUAUACAAAAAGAAUGACCAAGCUUACAACACACUUACUUCCACCAGAGCAAUAUGGGGAAGACAAGGUUAUUGUGCUACUGAUGCUGUUUUGGAACUUGUCCAAAGAAUUGAAACUAAUGAGAAAGUGCAACUUACUUUACCUAAUGGAGAACUUCGUGAACCCCAGAAGGAAGUUAAAUUGCUUGGAAUUACUUUGAACAAUCUGCUCGAUUUUAAAUCUCAUAUUUUGAAUAAAAUCAAUAAAGCAAGAAAAGCUGUUGGUGCUAUUUGGCAUCUUGGUGGCGUGCAAAAAGGUAUGCGAGGGUCUGCAGUCAGAUCACUGUAUAUUGCUUGCGUGAGACCAAUUGUCGAAUAUGGCUUAGAAAUUUGGCAUCACAAAAUUUUGAAAGGAGAAAUCCACAAGUUGGAAGUAAUGCAGAAUAUGGCUUUAAGAAGAAUUGUUGGUGCUUAUCGCACAACUCCUAUUGCGGUACUACAAAAGGAAGUUGGUAUUAUGCCAUAUAGUAUUAGGCUAAAAUUUAUGGUGGCACGAAAAGCUAUUCGUUUACACCUAAAUAUUAGCAAAACUAAUCCUAUUAAUGGUCAUUUGUUAACAUUGAUUGAGAAAUCUCCAAUUGCAAAGCUAACCACGCUUUACAUGUUGGCGAAAGAUGAUAGAGACUAUAUGAUUAAAAAGGAUGAAAACGAAAAUGCAAGAGGGUUGAACCUCUUACACUGA